GAGUCUCUCUGUCUCUCUCCCUGGCUGCAGCACCAUUACAAAAUCUCUUGGUUCUCAUUGGAGUGACCAGUGACAAAUCAUCUCAUGACAACCCAGCAAAAGCAAAGCAGCGAAAUGCGCUCUCACCACACACCCACUUCAUUACCCGUUCUUGUCUCGGGCGCUAGUUCAUGCUGCUCCUGGGUGUAAUAGCCUGAUUCUGAGACCAAAGCUCUACAGGCGAGAAUUGUUGGAGAGUUUGAGUCUUCUGAACAAGCAUGGUCUCCAAAAGGGUUUGUCGCUAACCUCCCAAAAUAGCUACUUUUUGAUGUUCGUGUCACUUCUCUUGCUUGAUUUUUGCUGCAUAUUUGGACCUUUGAGCAACAAAAGUGAAAAGAUAUUAUAAGCCUUUGGGAGUAUGCAAGCAAGCACCAGCAUGGUCUGGCUCGUGGUGCUUCUGGUUUUGCAAAGUGGACUGUGCUCAUUUGGAGCUAGCACAAACGCUUCCACGAGGCCGGAGUUUGUGAACAUUGGGGGUGUCUUCUCUGUCAACACCCUGAUAGGCAAAGUGGCUCAAGUGGCUAUUCUCGCUGCAGUUGAGGAUGUGAACUCCGACCCAUCAGUUCUUGGUGGAACCAAGCUCAAGCUUACAAUACAGGACACCAACUACAGUGGCUUUCUGGGCAUAGUUGAGGCUUUACAGUUCAUGGAGAGUGACACAGUUGCCAUAAUUGGACCCCAAACUUCGGUCACUGCUCAUGUGAUAUCGCAAUUUGCAAGUGAAUUGCAAGUCCCUCUGCUCUCGUUUUCAGCCACGGACCCGACCCUGUCCUCACUCCAGUUCCCUUACUUCAUAAGGACCGCACAGAAUGAUCUGUUUCAGAUGGCCGCGAUAGCGGCAAUGGUGGACUUUUACGGGUGGAGGGAAGUGACAGCCAUCUAUGUUGAUGAUGACCACGGGAGGAAUGGUAUUGCUGCAUUAGCAGACAAGCUCGCGGAGCGCCGCUGCAAGAUCUCUUACAAGGCACCAAUGAGCUAUACUGCGAGUCGGGAUGACAUGACCGAUGUGCUGGUGAAGGUGGCGUUGAUGGAGUCGCGCAUCAUCGUUCUUCACACUUACUCCACUCCAGGACCACUGGUGCUUAAAGUGGCCGAGUCUCUUGGAAUGAUGGGUAAUGGAUAUGUUUGGAUCACAACUAACUGGCUUUCAACAAUCUUAGACACGAGCUCGCCCCUCCCUUGGGAUGUGAUGAAGACGUAUCAGGGAAUCCUAUCGCUGAGUCCGUACACACCAGACACCGAACUCAAGAGGAAAUUCGUUUCUCGGUGGAGCAAUUUGACAAGCACAUUUUCGUCUAAUGGGACGUUUGGACUGAGUAGCUACGGCUUAUACGCAUAUGACACAGUUUGGAUACUUGCUCGAGCAAUUAACACGUUUUUCGAUCAGGGUGGAGUCAUUUCCUUUUCAAAUGAUUCGAAGUUGACCGAGCUGAAAGGGGGAAAUCUGCACCUCGAUGCAAUGAGCAUCUUCAAUGGAGGGAAAUUGCUGCGCGACUCCAUUCUGCAAGUCAAUACAACGGGCAUAACGGGCCCUAUUCAAUUCGCUCCUGACAAAAACCUUAUUCAUCCAGCAUUUGAAAUUAUCAAUGUGGCAGGCAGUGGAUAUAGGAAGGUUGGUUAUUGGUCUAACUACUCUGGCUUAACGAUUGUGCCUCCCGAUAUGCUGUACGCAAGGCCACCAAAUCGUUCCAGCUCGAGCCAGCAACUGUACCCGGUUAUUUGGCCCGGAGAAACAACACAGAAGCCUCGUGGUUGGGUUUUCCCAGACAAUGGUAGGCACUUGAAGAUUGGAGUCCCAAUGAGAGUUAGCUACCGCGAAUUUGUGUCGCCAGCGGAGGGCACGACUGAUACGUUCACUGGUUACUGCAUCGAUGUCUUCACAGCUGCUUUGAACUUGUUGCCUUAUGCCGUGCCUUAUAAGUUCAUUCCGUUUGGGGAUGGACACAGCAACCCAAGUGCCACGGAGCUUGUUCGGUUGCUAACAACUGGGACCUUUGAUGCUGCAGUAGGAGAUAUCGCGAUCACCACCAACAGGACUAGGAUGGUGGAUUUUACACAGCCAUAUAUUGAGUCCGGGCUAGUCGUGGUGGCCCCAGUCAGGAAAUCAGACUCUAAUGCGUGGGCUUUCUUCAGGCCGUUUACUUGGAAGCUGUGGUGCGUAACGGCCUUCUUCUUCCUCAUUGUCGGAUCGGUAGUGUGGAUUCUGGAGCACAGGUUGAACGAUGACUUCCGCGGACCUCUUAGGAGACAAAUUAUCACUAUGCUCUGGUUUAGCUUUUCAACUUGGUUUUUUGCUCAUAGAGAAAAUACCGUGAGUAUGCUCGGUCGCUUUGUGCUGAUCAUAUGGCUGUUUGUGGUUCUUAUCAUUAACUCGAGUUACACGGCGAGUCUGACCUCGAUCCUUACAGUCCAACAGCUUUCUUCUCCUAUCAAAGGGAUUGAAACGUUAUUAUCAAGUAACGAUCCCAUAGGAUACCAGCAGGGUUCGUUUGCCCGCAGUUAUUUGAUAGGGGAACUUGGCAUCCAUGAAUCCAGACUUGUUCCUCUCAUCACGCCAGAAGAUUAUACCAAGGCCUUGAAAGAUGGUCCUCACAAAGGUGGAGUCACUGCGGUGAUCGACGAGCGCGCAUAUGUCGAGCUUUUUCUCUCAACUCGAUGCGAAUUCAGCAUUGUGGGUCAUGAAUUCACCAAAAAUGGAUGGGGAUUUGCAUUUCCACGGGACUCACCCUUGGCAGUUGAUAUAUCGACAGCGAUCCUGAAGCUCUCGGAAAACGGGGAUCUCCAACGGAUGCAUGACAAAUGGCUAAUGAGCAGUGCCUGCACAUCACAGGGGACGAAGUUCGCACUCGACCGUCUUCACCUUAAAAGUUUCUGGGGCCUCUUCGUUCUGUGUGGAUUAGCUUGCUUCUUGGCCCUCUUGAUAUAUUUCCUAAGGAUGUUCCGCCAGUUCAGCCGGCACUAUUCCGAGGAACCCGAGAGCUCCACCUCAAGCUCCCGAUCGAGCCGUCUAUGGACUUUUCUCUCCUUCAUCGACGAGAAGGAAGAGACGGUGAUAAGCCGGUCCAAGAGGAGACAAAUGGAGCGGGCCUCCAACAGGAGCACUGACGACGAUGGAUCGCUGUAUGAUUCCAAGAGAAGGCAUAUCGAAUACUCUUCAAACAACAACUUUAAUUCUGGUAACGAAGUUUAAGUAAAUGUAAAUCCGUCCCAAAACUCACUUUUAGUCACAUGAAAUCUUUCUGAUAUGGUAUUUCAAACCUUGUUAUACUCCAUAGAUAUGUUAUACUUGUGGACAAUUUUAAAUUGUUGUGAAUCAGAAAAAUUGAGUAAAGUGUAUGCUUUCCAGGGCAA